AUGAUAUCCAGACUUCAGCAGUUUACAAAGAAACGAAAGCUUUUCUUCUCUGAUAGAAGAAGCCAAAGUCCUGAAAGGGUACCAAUAGAAUAUUCACCAAACACAUUGUUGGGACUACCGACAGAAUUGCUGUACAAGAUUGUACAAAAUCUGGAGUAUAAAGACUGGCUAGUACUUUGCUUGUCAUGUCGAUACCUUCAUGAUUUUGUAGACAUAUUCUUUUUAUAUCAUGAUGUUAAAUUAGGAUCCAAAGAUACUCUACACAGAUUCAGAAAAACAAUUUCUAAACACAAGAAAACUAAUUUAUUAUCAUUAUAUGUCAGAAAUAUUGAGUUUAAUCGUCCAAUUAAAGAUUCUACAGAGACAGAAACUACCUCAAUUGCAGGAUUUGAAUACUCAUCAAGUAGAGAUCCUGAAAGUUAUAUUUAUAUCAUGCUAGAAAUCAUUUCAUUACUGCCCAAUAUCUCAGAAAUCAAAAUAAGUGAAAUAAAACCAGGGUUUCAAUUUCCUGAUUGGUCAAGUACCUUGAAAACUUAUGCUCAUGAACAUAAUUAUUAUCCAUCAAUCAAGAAAUUAUCAUUGUCAUCAGAAUCUGGUUGGAACAUUGCAUUACGUCCAAAUUUAUUGUGGCCAUUUGGAUUGAUUGAAGAAUUGGAAUUAUCUGAUAUGAUUAUAGAUUCCAGCUCAUUGACAAAACCAAAUCUAUUAACAUUAUCAAAUGAAAGUGGUCCAUUGGUUACUAGAGAAUCAUUAUCAGUGGAAAAUAGAAUAACAUGGUCACCAAUAAAGAUACUGACGUUAUCUUCAUGUUCAAUUGCAACUUCAGGAUCAAGAUUAUUAAUGUCAUAUUUCAAACAAGUUACAGAAUUAAAAUUAAUAAAUUUGAAAUCUCAUUAUGAUUUAUUACUAAGUCAUUGUUUUGCAAAUUUGGAAGAAAUAUCAAUAGAUUUGAACUCAAAGGGUUUUAGUCUUUAUAAUCCAGCUGAGGCAAAUUCUAUAAAUGUUGAUAAUCUCAAUUCCAAUUUUGCUUAUUUCAAUUCGAUGUUUGUUCCGAAAUUUUACAUCAAUUAUAAUAAAUUUGAAGAUAUUAUUAAUAAGCUUCCCUUGGUUAAUAAGAUUACUUUAACUAGUGUUUCGUUUACCAACUUGGUACCAAUUGACCCUGAUAGUAUAAGUGAUGAAGAAAAUAAUAACUUGGUUAACAACAAUUUAUACAGCUUUCUAAAGUUCCUUUCUAAAUAUUCAAAUGUUGAAUUCAUAAUGCUGAAAAAUUACAAAUUACAUCAAUCAAGAACAAAGAACGAUUGGGAAUCAUUAUUGCGUCCUUGUUUCACUAACUUCAAUUCGGUUAAAGUGAAAGAUAGGGAUGGGUCGGUUUUAUUCACAAAAAAUACUAGAUAA